AUGCUUCGAAGCUUUCGUCGCCACCAUGUCCUUUUACAAGCGUCUCACGUGAACAUCGUCACUAUUCGUGGUAGUGCAUUGCGUGUCUGGAAUCGGCAACAGCAGCAAAAGACGUUUUUAUGCAGUCACGCAAGUCGUCAUGAUCGUGUUCUUACGACCAGUAUGGGGCUCAUUUCGGGCGGUAUUCUCGUCACUUCCAUAUUAAAUCAACCAAAGGAAGAUGGACAUUUUAGUGGAAUCAUUAAGAAUUUGUAUGGAGAUGUAUCGGAAAUAUUUGCUCUUAAAAAGGGAUGUCAAUUCGAUGAACCGUGGUAUGAAGACACGAACAAGAAAGCGAUUGCAAUGUUAAUUGGAGCUAAUACAAUCGUCUUUGGACUAUGGCGUGUGUCAUUUCGACAUGCGAAAUUGCAUCAAUUUAUGUGGAGACAUUUUGCCAGUUCAUACGAUGCUGUCGUUUUUGGCAAACGAUUUCACACGUUAUUGACAUCGGCUUUUAGUCAUUUGACAUUUCCACAUUUUGGGAUCAAUAUGUUCAUGUUGUGGGAAUUUGGACCACAUGUCUUGGCACCAAGUAACAACAAGUCGUCAAGAAAUUGGUACAAUCAAGCAGUAGUACAAAACGCAAAGUUGAUUCUGAGAGACAAGUAUUAUAGUUUUCGUCGGGGACCAGAAUUACUGUCACUUGAAAAGUUCAUGGCAUUGUAUUUGACGUCUGCGAUGACAUCGUCGGCGUUAAGUGCUUUGAUAUCGAAGUUGCGAGGGAAUGGGAGAGUAUUUUCGGUUGGUGCAAGUGGUGCAGUCUCGGCAGUCUUUACUGUGUCGUGUCUUCUCUUCCCUGACAAGCGGCUUCUGCUCUACGGACUCUUCGAGAUGACGUCGGCGCAAAUGCUGCAGUUGUACACCGCGCUCAAUAUUGUUGGCGCGGCAUUCCAGCGCAAUCUGCGCGUUGACUGCGUAGGCCACUUGGGCGGCCAAAGUGCAGGUUUCGCCUUCCACCAUGCUCCAUCGGGCAACUAG